AUGUGGAAGAGGCAGUUUAGGGAUUUCUUAGGAGAGCUAUCUUGGCACUUAUGUUCUGUUGAAGCUUGGGUUGUACAGAUGAGUCAUUUACAUAUUAUAAAAAGAUUUUCUCUUUGCUCUUUCUGUGUGAAUUUUCUCUACUGUCAACUGGAUUUGAGUGGUCAUGGUCCUCUUGGUUGGUUGGUGCCCAGUGAGAUUUUCCCACUUGAAAUCCGAUCUGCUGCACAAAGCAUCAAUGUUUCAGUUAACAUGAUUUUCACAUUCGCCAUUGCUCAAGUUUUCCUGAUGAUGCUUUGCCGCCUGAAGUUUUUCUUGUUCAUCGUGUUUGCGUUCUUUGUGGUAUUAAUGACCUUCUUUGUAUACUACUUCUUGCCGGAAACUAAGAAAAUUCCAAUUGAAGAGAUGUCUCAAGUAUGGCAACAACACGGAUACUGGAAGAGGUUUACGACUGAUGUAAAUGAUCCUAAUACUAGUGCAAUCGAAAGAUGCAAGGAAGAUGGUAUUGCCUACAUAGUAUGA